CAUCCACUGACCUCAUCUACCCAACUCGUCCUCCGAUAUUCUCUGCCUGUCCCUCUCCCUCCAUCUGGAGUGCAGCCCCGAAGAUGGCAAUCAUCGAGUUGGCGCACAUCAGCCUCAAGAACGGCGUCCAAGCGACAGACCCAGAGCUCAAGAAAAACCUGAAGGAAGUCAAAAGAGUGGUUGAAGACUACAGCAAACUACAAACCCUGUUCUACACGCAGGUCGACGACCCUACGGUGCUGUUUGUGAUUGGAGCGUGGGAGACCAAAGACCAUCAUCAGCACGGCUUUGACGGAUCUCCUCAACAAGCCGAAAUCCUCAAACUGAUCAAGGACCAAAUGGGUAUUGACUGGAUGCACUACAUCGACGUUGAACAGUCGCGGAUCCCGCUCGACGCCCCCGUGCUAGCAAUCAUCAGGGAGACCUUCGCCAAACACGGAGUGGUGAGAACACAAUUUGACCAGGAAUUUGCAUCGCAGACCUCGAGUUUGGGCGGGGCGCAUCAUGGGGCCAUCUCGGCAUGGAAUAUUCACAAGGACAACAAGGAGAGAGAUGUCAGGGUGAAUUUUUCGGGGUGGGAGAGUGUAGAGGAGGCCACGGCGGCGUUUGUCAACACGAUUGAGAACGUGAAAGGGUUCCGAGCCAUACCGACCGAGCUGAAUUUCUUCUUUGCAAAGCGAACGGAGCUGGAUUGAUUUGCAGGUAGAUACCCCGGGGCGCAGACUCGAGACAGGCUUUGGAUGGAUAGGGUGCUUAGGGGUGGUGGGAGCCAGGUCUCAGCGGCGGUCAUGUGUUGUUGUUUCUGUGACAUCGCG